AUGUCCGGCCUCACAGCCAGUCUUCUGGUGCUGACUCUCACUGGCCGCGUGGAUAAUAAGCACAAUGUUAAGGCACGUGCCUCACACAUCUUCGAUAACCUCGCCAAUCAUCCCAACGCUGGGGUUGGCGUCUUCACCAGUGCAGAGAAACUCAUUGUCUACCCGGAGUUCCAGUAUCUGGCUGAUACACCGGCCUGUAAGGGUACGUGCGCCGGUGCUUGUCGUCAUACCUGUUCCUUCGACGGUCGCAAAUAUGAGAAUGAACCCGGGGCGGCGAGCACCCGAGCGGUGGUUUCGGAAGACAACGUUCUGUGUACAGCCAAUGACCCGUACUACCGCACAAACAACAUCCUUGUGCACGAGUUUGCCCACACCUUAAAGAUGAUUGGUCUUAAUGACAGCGAGAAAGCCCAGUUGACUCGAGCCUACAACAAUGCCAAAAGAAUGAAAUUGUGGCGAAUGGAUUCUUACUCCAUGUCUGACGAAGAUGAGUACUUCGCCGAAGGAACAGGUGCGUUCUUCCUGGUUAACCCUCAGAGUACCAAAAAGGCCGGAGGAAUGACAGAGUGUCCAACCAAAGAGUGUCGCACACAAGAGGAAGUCCGUUCCUUCAUCAAAAACCGCGACCCCCAGCUGUACGACAUUUUAAGUCUGGUGUAUUUUAAAGGCAAACCAGUUCUUCGAACAGGAUCCCGAUCUGUCCAAAUGUCACGACCGGCAGUCGGACUGCGCGUUCUUUCAAAUAAAACAAACAUGCGAUCACUUCAGUUUAGGACGUCCAUAUAAUAUUACACACGAAACUUCCAGAAUGAACAGUUUACACUCUACUAUUUCACUCGUACACAAUUACAAUAUCCAAAUUAACACAGCACACUUAAUGAAUUAAAAUGCAAAUCCUCAGACCACUCGCAGGCAGGUCUUUUGCUAACUUAAUCCAAUACAGCUUUCUAAGCACAUUCAAAAAUGACAAAGUUCAUGGUCUGACACUUUGAUUGGUAAAGGACAUCGCACACUGGCCUCAAAGCAGAGCUAUCAUCACGCCAGCAUUGGUUCUUUCCCACAACAUCACUAAUUUAAAGAUAAAUAAAGUAAACAAAACAUAAAACACAUUAAAAACUCCACAAAUUCUGAGGAUUAUUUUGUGGAAGGAAAUGUUCAAGACAAGAGUUGUUCUUCAACUCGUAAAGUCAUUAUUUCAUCGGAGACAAAAGUAGACUAACAACGAUAACAACAAUGAUAACAACGCACUUAUCUCUCAGACAGAUGACAGCAGCAUGACUCUGACGCCAGUGUGCGACGGCCUUAAUAGUUUGUUUGAGUCAAGUGUUACUCAAGUUGAGUCAAGUGUUAUAACUAAAACAGAGCUUAAGAGUGUGUUUGUGCAGUUGAUGUUGAUGUUGAUGUUGUAAAUUUCUCGAAGGUUCAGUAAACAUUAAAUUUCAUCAU